ACGAACAGACCAUUUCCGCUGCAGCAGCGAAGAACAUCAGAGAAAGAAAAUGUGGAUCGAGGUGAAUAGUUACGGCAAAUAAAUCACAGCAAAUUGACAAAUCGGCUGACAUUGGAAAUACAUUUGCUCGAGAUAGUAAGUACAGCGGGGGAUUACGUCGUUUAACAACGUCUCGAGUCAGUGUAACCAAACAACAGCAUCAUUCCCUUGUUCUGCUGUUCGCUAGGGAGCAACUUGAAGCGAGGUAGCCAGUUACGCUAGCUAGCUAGCACGCCAGUCAACUAAAUUAGCUAAGCAGCUGAUAACGGUCACUAUUAAACGAAAUGGGGACAAGAGCGAGCCGUUCACAAGAAGAUUCAAUCCCUUCGGUUAUAGGAAAAGAUGGCACGACGCGUGAUUCAUUUAGGCGGAACCGAUGCUGUAGGCCGACCAGUCUUAUGGUGGACUUCUCUGGGAGUUUUGAAGAUACGGAUACCAACCGUAGCCGAUCAGAGGAGGGCAGUGAUUCGGACAUAGGGCAACAGGCAAGCGCUGAUGGAAGCCCCGUGGAUCACCACAGCCUCCCCUCUAUUAGCCAAGCAUCACCAACAGACGACAAUAGGGACUGCAAGCCUGAUGAAGCGGAUAAUGACAGCAGUCCCGUGGUUGUUGUUAACGGGGAACAUCAGUCUGGAGAUGAUAUAGGCCGCGUUCCCCACCGCACUUUUUCUGAACGUCUACCCGGUAACCGGCACUUUACAGGGCGUAACGUCAGCGCAAGAUCCGCACGGGUGCGAGGCACUCAUCAACGCCCCAUGUCGGAGGCUUGGAUUGGUCUCUACCGUGUAAACAAUCGCCCCAACAAUAUCCGCUGCCCUUUCUGCACCAAGCCUUUCCCUGGGGGCAGGAUUGAAGAUCAUCUGUUGAACUGCCUUACCUCUCCCCCUCUCCCCUACAACACGGAUGUGCUCAGUAAGGACAGCGGGGAAUGCUCCAUCUGCCUUGAGGACUUGUUGCAGGGCGAGACCAUUGCCCGGUUGGCUUGUCUGUGUGUCUACCAUAAGAGCUGCAUUGAUUCCUGGUCCAAGGUGAAGCCUUGCUGUCCUGAACACCCAUUCGAUUGACUCGUGUGACAUGUACACCCCACAGUCACACACCUGACUCAGGAGACUACACUGUAUCCCAUACUGCAGAAAAAAUUAUAUAUGGGAAUCUGCUUAAUCCAAGCCUCCUUAUCCUUCAUAUGUCUAGGAAGGGGUGUCUGCUGCCCUGGGUUCAGACCACUGAGGCCAACACUGGCAACAGGGUUCCCAGUCCCUUGAAAGUCACCCCUGAGCUGCUGGCCUUCAGAUAAAAGACACGUCAAACAAAAAGAGAAAAGAUCGAUUUAUCAACCUGCCGACAGCCCCAGUCUCUCUGGGUGACCUACACAGCUUGGUCAGGGAGGAGCGGCUAAAUAGGGUCUGUCUGACGGCAUCCUCCCUCAUUUUAUGUGGGGGGGCUUUUCCCAACAUACUUUUUUCUUUUUGGCUGCAAAAAAAAAAAAGGUAAAGGUAAUGUGCAGAGAUCCAUAUUACAUUGGAUGGAUGUUUUGUGUCCAUAGGGAAACAUAAUAAUAAACCAACCAAUGCAGCAUCUAAAGAGUUACUGUUAAUGCGUUUUUGCAUUGUUGUUUUUUUUUUUUUAUAUAGACUGGAGCUGGAAUGUUGGGCUUUUUGUGAAUGGGGUUACCGCAGUGUUGUGUUUUCCUGUUACCUGGAUACAUUUCAGUAGCAAGUGGGUGUGAGGUGUAAAUCUGUGUAAAGCAGAGUGGGGUUAGUUUGUUUCAAUGGUUUGUGUGGAAAUGACUACUUCAUAUAGGGUCAAGAGCAGGCUAGUGGUAGUCUCUAGGGCCAUAGCACUGGUGUUGGUUGCACCGUUUUGAGCACUUUUGACUAUCGACUGAACCUUUUUGCGCAAGGUCAGUUUGAGUGUGUGGUUGGGUGGAUGGUUAUGCGCAUGGGCUGGUGAUGUCACUCUGACAUGGAUGCCCUAAUCUGCCAUUGUGUGUCUGUAUUAUACAUAUGUGUGUGCUUUGGUGUCUGUUGAGGGAGCUCCUUUAAUUUGGACUUUAACUUAAAAUAUCUAAACUACUUUGGGAACAUACCUUAAAAAAAAUAAAACAACCCCUCGCCCCUGCUGAAGGCCACAUCCGCCUGCUUCUCUGGGGAGCAGGCCAGCACUCUGGACCAGACCCUGUACGGUAAUACAGCCAUCUGGCUCUCUGGCUGGAAAGAGGGAUGUAUUUAUGGGGGCAUGUUUACGCCAUGACGUGGCAGCUGCCUUCUGCCUACCGAUAGAAGGCAAUGAACAGCUGAAGUGUAAUUAUCGCAUUAUUACAACCCCCCCCCCCCCAACCACGCCUAUCAUUGUUGCUAGAAGUGACCCCUUGACUUUGGCUCUUUGUCUGUUGCCUUAGCUUGGUGAGAGGUUCAUCUUCAGGUGCUCUAACGUUGUAGUUUAGUCGAGUCAUCCGCUGCCCUGUACUGCUCUCCCUCAAAGCAUGACUCAGCCAACUGGUGGAGCAGGAGAUGGAGUUCUGUCUUGACAGGCUUGUCAUUAAACCUCCCAGGAGUUCUUGCGCAGUUCUCUGCAUUCUAAGGUGCUAUGGACUGUCUUGCCCCAAGGUGGCAGUCAUGUGCAUGUUACCCUGUAGUAUUGAAAAGAAGAAAAAAUAAAUGAAAAGUAUAUAAAGCCAAAAGUAUGUUAGUUCAUGAGGUGUGUGUUUGUAGGUGAGUGUGUAUGGGUGGGAAACAUAUUCAAAUGGAUCAUUAGAUGUUACAUUUUGUAGUGAUGAAAUGAUGUCGUGUACUUUAAAGGGGGAGGGGGGAGGGUUUUCAGUGUAAAUAUAGACAAUCUGAAGCCCCCAAUGUUACUUAUUACUCCCCCCCCCCCCCCCCCAAAGCUGUGUGGUGCAAUACCUCAAUUUAUACCAGUGCUUACACUCUGUGUAGCUAUUCAUCAAGGAUGAUAUUUAGUAAAGGCUUCAUCCUUGGCAUUCAGCCACGGGGUUGUAAAUCCUUCCCUGGUCUGUGUGAUGUUAUGCUAAUAUAUUCAACGAGAAUGUUUUUAAGGCCACCACAGUGAAAUCCGCAUCCCAAGAUAUGGACAAUCUGCCUUUUUUCUGGUAUAGAAUCAUUUGAGUUUAUUUAUUAAAUUGUAAAUAUGUAAUGCAAUUCCAAAACGGCUUGGUCUUUGUCUGUUCAUUAGACUGUUUCUAAGCUCCAACUUUUGUAUGUCUCAAAGUUGUUUUGUUUUUUAUAUGUAUUUUUUACAAUAAAUAUAUGGUGUGAGCUCUG